UUGAAGUGUGUUUGGAGAUUGUGAUUGUGAUUAUGUCUGAAUUGGUGGCCCGCACGGGGCGGCAUCAACAGCGGUACGAGAACGGUUAUCGCCUUGUUGCUGGAUGCGUUCCCUUUAGGUACAAAAGUUCUGGUGAUUGUGGGAACUCUAACUCUGGGAACAAUGUUGAAGUUCUUCUGAUUAAUUCACCAAGUGGACCAGGUCUUUUGUUUCCAAAGGGAGGUUGGGAGAAUGACGAAACUGUUGAAGAGGCGGCAACAAGAGAAGCUAUUGAGGAAGCAGGUGUUCGUGGAGACAUAAUGGAUUUUCUUGGGUACUAUGAGUUUAGGAGUAAGACCCACCAAGACGAGUUCAGUCCAGAGGGUUUAUGUAAAGCAGCAAUGUUUGCAUUGCUUGUCAAGGAGGAACUUGAGCUAUGGCCUGAGCAAAGUACGAGAAACCGGAGUUGGCUGGCUGUAUCGGAGGCACUCGGAAGCCUCCGGCAUGCAUGGAUGAGGGAUGCUCUUGAUUGCUUCUGUAAAUGGCAUGAGGAUAAGUUGGUGAAUGGAACAGGAUUUAUCUGAUCUAGACCGAUUUGCUGAGGGGUAACAUUACUUUAGGAAAGAUAUAUCUCAUCAGAAUUACAUAGUUAUUGUUUCUAAGUUUGGGAAUUGGUCUCUGAUUUUUUUCAAUUCAGAGUAAUUCAUUAACAUUGAAUUUUAGCUGAGGCACUCGUUCAAGUUGUUCUAAUUCUUUAUACGUUCAUGUUCUCCAUCAUAGAAUCACA